AUGGGGGAGGCGGAGAAGAGGAAGAGGAAGCGGAAGGUGGAGGCGGCCGUGGAGGAGGACGAUGGAGAGAGGAAGAGCGCUUCUGAUGUGGGGAGACUUGGCGCGGUGGGAAGCAGCGACGGGGUCUUCGCCUCCUGCUCCUUCGAAGACUUGGGGCUCCACCCCACGCUCUGCCAGCACCUAAAAGGUCCUGCACCCCGCUCCCACUCCUCCCCUCCACUGCGUGGUCCCGUGAUGGGGCUUCCUUGGGAGGCCUACAUUGGUUCUUCGAAUGCUGAUGAAUGCGCUUGUUGACCUGUCUUCAGAGAAGAUGGGUUUCGAGGUCCCUACACUGAUCCAGGCGCAGGCAAUCCCCAUCGUCGUAUCGGGAAAGGAUGUGUAUCCUAUUAUGUAGCUUUGAUGCUGGACGGCUGUAUAUGUCUCUUCCUUGGUUCAGCGGUAUAAUUGUCUGGGUAUUUCAGAAUGUAUGUUCGUUCUCCAGCGCGCAGAGAAUAUUGCGUUCAAUUUUCCCGUGAUCGUAAUCGUAAUCUACAGUAGCCUAUCCCGAUUUAAGAUUAUCCCUCCUCCAACUGAUUUGGCCAUUCCACAACCACCCUGAGUCUCGUAAAUAUCCUUUUGUAUAUAUUUCAGUUAGUGAUAUGGAUGCUAUUCGUCUCUUUUUUUUUAAAAUGUGCUGCAAGUCUUUCUUUGACUCUGGUAAAUAGCCUCGUCAACGCUGCCACUGGAACUGGCAAGACGAUCGUUUACCUUGCACCGAUAGUGCACCUUCUGCAGAUGCGCAAUCCUCGAAUCCAACGAGCCGAUGGUACUUUCGGUAUGCUUCUACACUUUCGGAAGAUUCAGAGUAACUGAUUUAUGUCUUCAAUUCGAAAGUAAUUUAUUGAACAGAGGAAUUUGGUGACAGCAUUGGUACUGGUGCCGACAAGGGAGCUGUGCAUACAGGUGUAUGAAAUUCUUGAGAGGUUGUUACACCGAUUUCACUGGAUUGUUCCGGGUUACAUAACUGGUGGCGAAAAUAGAUCCAAGGAGAAAGCCAGGCUGCGCAAAGGUUGAUCCCAUUUUCUUCCUGACUAUUUAUGGUCCCUAUUGGUGCAUCAUAGGUUUUUUUUAUCUUGAUUAUCUCUGUUUAAUGGCAUAUUGGAUAAGUGUUAAAUCAUUUUUAUUUGAGAAGGUCAAUGUUUUCUACAAGCGUGCAUUAGUGUUUAAGUAUCCUGAAGUAGAGGCAACUGGUCAAUUUCGCAUGGCUUUGAUGAUUUUCUGGAUCCACGCCAACCCCCAAUAUGUGCUAUUAUUAACAUACCGGCAGAAGACAAGCAUUGGGGUUUUGACAUUGAAGCCUCAUUCUCUGUUUAUUCCUUUGUAUGACUUCCUAAUUUAUGAUAACAGGAGGAGUUUUGCGUGGGGGAGGAGUGUGGAUGAAAGUUACCAUUGCUUAACAUGACAUCCAUAUGUGCCCCCUUUAAUCAUGAGGGAAGCAGCCGUAGGGCGGCUGAGGAGAGUUAUAGAGACUGAUGGAAAUGUAGCUGAGGAGGUGGGCGUCUCACUGGGUGUGAUGUGUAGGGAUUGAAAGACUGUUUUCUACACUUUUUCCUUCAAAUUCCCAUCGUGUUAGCCUCAAUAAUCUAAACGUAAUCCCAUCCCCAGGAUUCUAUCCUUGACACCGACAAUUCUAGGGAGAAGUACAUAAGGUACCCAUGCAUUGGCUCAUCACUAUUGCCAUUUUAGUUUUAUUGCGGCGUUUGUCAAACGAAUUACACUAAUUUUACUUUUAAACUAAAUAACUAUGGCACUGAGAGGAAGACCAUGCUUGGGUACACCUCAUCCUUCGUCACUGGGAGGCCAAGUAAAAUGCCGGAAUAGUUAGUGCCAUUGUGAAUAUCUGUAGGCUACUAGUUCUCAUACCCCAUGCUUUGUGAGCCAUCUCAGAAUAGCUUUUAUUGAAUUUUGGUUGGUUGUGCCGUCAUCAUCUUCGUUGAAUAACUUCGUUAUCAUCCGGUGUUGCAUUCAGGAAUAUCUAUACUUGUUGCAACUCCUGGACGUCUUUUGGAUCACUUAAAGAAUACAUCGGCAUUCUUGCACAAGAAUUUGCACUGGAUAGUCUUCGAUGAAGCGGAUAGGUACAUCAUUUCUGUUACAGCAUCAAAAUACAAUAGGUUAUAUUUGAUGGAGUCCCCCGUUUUUCAUUCACCGUGAUAACUGGAUCACUUUCUGACUCGUGGUCUGGUUUUACAACCUUUUAUGUUGUCAUUAGUCGAAAUUUGCAGUAAUGGUGCUAUUCUACACUGAACAGGAUCCUUGAGCUGGGUUUUGGAAAGGCAAUAGAGGAGAUAAUCGAGUUUUUACGAUCAGAUGAAAGUGGGUCUGACAGGAAACUUAGAACAGGAGAACUCCCCCGGCAGAACUUACUACUUUCAGCGACUCUAAAUGAAAAGGUGAACCAGUUGGCUAAGAUAAGCUUAGAUGAUCCCAUCAUGAUUGGUUUAGAUGACGAGAAGAUGACAUCUAAGGCACCUCGUUCAUCACUCACGCAUCUACUACCUAAAGGAUUGGAGGGUAAUGACCGAUCAGAAGACGGUGAAGCAUUUUCAAGCCAUUUGGCUGACGAUUAUCGGCUCCCUGAGAGACUAUCUCAGAGAUAUGUAAAAGGUAUAAUUGGUCACUCACUCACCUCUAGUGCGCGGGGACCUGGCUGGUGAGUAUCAUUAUUGAACAUUUGGCCCGCCCCUUGCAGUGCCCUGUGGCUCGCGGUUGUCAGUGCUUCUAUCCAUCCUCAGGAUCUUCUACGAGAAAGAAGAUUCACAGAAGGUCCGAUCACCAUUCUCGUCACCUUUUAUUGACGUCAAGGUUUAUCGUUUUUAUUCAUAACCAACCAAGCAGGUUUGCUCACGGAUUUACUGUACAGAUUGUGGUUUUCUUCUCUACGUGCGAUGCAGUAGACUUCCACUAUGCCCUUUUGAACGAAUUCCACUGGUCGGCCCAUUCAAAGCUUGAAACCAUCAAGAAGCAGCCGUUUUUGAGAUGUAAGACGCUCUGCCUUCACGGGAACAUGGAGCACGAUGCCAGGAGGACCGCCUUUCAGAGCUUCAACGCCGAGAAGUCGGCACUCCUUUUAUGCACAGAUGUCGCCGCAAGAGGCCUCGAUUUUCCCAAGGUCAGAUGCAUAAUUCAGUAUGAUUCCCCUGGGGAGGCCACCGAAUAUGUCCACAGGUACUACACGCCUGGACCUCCUCCUCCUCCUCCUCCUUUUAAAAGGCUAGACUUGGCCGUGGUCUUUCUCUGAUGUAUCGCUGAUAAUGUUUGUAGGGUGGGCAGAACUGCCCGGCUGGGAGAGAAAGGAGAGGCCCUGCUCUUCCUGCAACCCAUCGAGGUCGACUAUCUGCAGGAGCUGAGGAGGCACAGCGUCUCUCUGGCCGAGUUCCCGUUGCAGAAGGUCAUAGAUGGCCUCUCUGUAAAUUUUCUGAAGAGCAACAGCAGCAGGCCCUCCUCUCUGGACACGCAUCCCUGGAUUAUGGCCCUGCAGAAGGCUGUCGAGAAUUUCAUAUCCGGAGGGGUAGGGUAAACCGACCGCUCCUCCUCCUCCUCAUCCCUGGAUUAAAUAUAUUUUUUUUAUUAUGUUUUGUAUGUUUUAUUUGAUAAUAUUUGUUUUUUAAUUGUGGGAAUAAUUGUGUUGAUGGUUCAGCCGGAGCUGAGGAACCUGGCGAAGAGCGCGUUCUGCUCGUGGGUGCGGGCGUACACGGCGCACAAGGGCGAGCUGAAGAGGAUCUUCAUGGUGAGGAAGCUCCAUCUGGGGCACGUUGCGAGGAGCUUCGGGCUGAAGGAGCAGCCCUCCCUCCUGGGGAGAUCCUUCCACUUGCAGGCUAAGAAGAGGAAGUGGGAUCUCAAGCGCCAGGGCUCUUCUAAGCGCCGGCGGCUCACCAAGAAGCGCACCUGA